AUGUUGAUCUUAUCACUAGCAUUGGCUGUUAAUAGCAUUGGAUUAGCUGUUGGUUUUUUUGCUACACCCGAUAUUGAUGUCAAAGUCUAUCCAACAUGUCGUCUUGACACCAAUUGGUGUUUUAUGGUUUUCCUUCUCGAAUAUGAUGGAGGGUUGGGAACUUUUUUCUCUGACUAUGAUUUUGUUGGCGGUUUAGGCAGAUUUUGUUCAUCGCAUAAGAAAACAGCAUCUGUUGGUAAAACAUUUAAAAUGCCUUUAAAUGGACUCCUACUUAGUCGGACGCAUUAUGAAAUAGUUCUAGGUAUUCGACACAAUUGUACAGAAACUGGAAAUGUUCAUGAUCAUGUUAUUUAUGAGGAGGAUGUGUUGAAGAGCAAACCAAAGAUUGCUUUUACGGUUAAACCGGAUAUUACCGGUCAAGGCAUGUCAUAUGAGAAGGAUACAUGGAAGGCUUGGAUAAGGACAAAGUUUGGGGCUUUAGAUAUUAAGGGUUUUGAGGAUGGUGAUUUUUCGUUUGAUACUUACAACUUAGAGGCACUUAAAGGGGGUACGGGCUAAUUAAAAUUUGUUGGAAAAAAAUAUACCAUUUGAAAGAGGAGGUUUCGUUUAGUAUGUUCCCAAUUUUUUAGAAUUUUUUUUCACGUUUGAAUACCAUUUUUUCACGCGCAAACACAAAAAAGUUGCGCUCGACCUCAGAGAAAUAGCAUGCAGAAAAGGGAGACACAGCGCAUAGAAGCCCCGCCCCCCCCCCCUUUUUUUUUUUUUUUUUUCUUGUUCGUUUUUGCUUAUUAAUUUGUUUGUUUUUGAAUGUUUUGAACUCAAUUUUUUUUGGUUUUUUUCGGAAAAUGAGAAAGAGAAUGAGAAUGUGAUGAGAUUUUCCGUCUGGAAGCGGAGGUGUGAAAAAAUGGCUAUGAAAAAGGAAUGAAAACAUACAAUAUGGAUAAAAACGUGUAGGUGAGUUGUAAAAAUAGAGUAUACCUGGAAAUGUUUUGGACUAAACUUUUUUGAUCUCAUGAUCUUGAAAUUCAGCGCGUGCGCGAAGAAAUUUUUUACAGUUUUUAUUUUCAUAUUCAAGUUUUCCAUGUUUUAUUUUGUUUUUUUUUUUGCUAGAACUUUGGUAUUUGUAUUUUUUUCAGAAUGAACUCGGGAAGAAAAAUUUUUAAUAGAAUCUGUGCUAUAUGCGAAAUUCCAACAGAUAGAAGUCUGAUGAUACGAGUACCGACAAGCGAGCGAAAACUUCGCCAAUGGAGCUUGAAGUUCGGUGAAGGGUUCAAAGAGAGAAUUUCGAAGUGUUCAAUGGUUUGCGUGGACUGCGAUGCAAAAUGUUCUGGCAAUAAGAACAAUUCACUUCGCGUGAGUUUCAUUGUUUUAUGAGGGGGGGGGGGGCGCAAAAAUCUUAUUUUCCUGCGGAAUUCGAAAAUCUUUUGAAUCCCUUAUUGAAUGUGAUUAGACCUAAGAUCCUGAUUUAUUUGAUGAAUCCGAACAUCUUCCGAUUUCAAUGCUGGAUCCAGCAAUCUUCCAGUUUCCGUUCCUCAUUUCCUUGAUGAAUCCGAACAUCUUCCGAUUUCAAUGCUGGAUCCAGAAAUCUUCCGGUUUCCGUGAUGGAUUUGACUAGACCGAAGUUCCUGAUUUCCUUGGUGAAUCCGAAAAUCUUCCGAUUUCAAUGAUGGAUCCAAAAUUAUUCGAUUCCCACGAUGAAUUUGAUUCACGCCAAUAGAAAUUUUCAGAUUAGAACUCCGAAUCGAUCAUCACAUUCAUCUCAUGGUUUGUCGUCGUACAAAGAAGAACAACUUGCCGAAUCUGACGAAUCUUGCGGCAAUGAAGAUGAUGACAAAAACCAAGAUCCUGACGUAUGGUAAUAAACAAAAAAAAUAUUUAUUUAUAUUUUUCAGUUUAUUCCGCCUGAACCUUGCACAACAUCGAUUGAGUACCUUAUUUGUGAUAUGCGUAACGUUUUGCCAUAUAUAAGAAAAUGCUACAAAUGUUUAGAGAAAGGGGUUCACUCUGAUGCAUCAAUAAGUAUUGAUACUCAAGGAGCAACAGUGAAGGUACCGUAAAUUUGAAAGAAAAACUUCAUUGAACCAGGUUUCUCGCUUCUUAUAGGCUAAGUUAGUAUGUUUCCGUUGUGCUCACGCGUGGAAUUGGUGUUCGUCGAUUGCUAUUGACGAAAAUCGACCUGGUCGAAAACAACAGUGUCUCAACCUAGAUAUAGCAACAGCAAUUGUUGUUUCGGGAAAUGGGAUUUCUGUGAGCUUUUCGCUAUAAAGUUCUUACGAAUUGCAAGUUUUUUAGGAGAUUAACUCACUUUUCGACGUAUUAGGAAUGCCAAAAAAUUUCGAAAGAUUCGUUCUAUUCAGUGCAAAACCAACGUAUAUUCCCAACAAUAAACCAAUUUUUCAUCCAGCACGAAGAGAAGGUUUUCAAAAUUAUUGUAGAGAAUCUGAAAAAGGUGGAGACUAUUGCAAGGCAAAUUACAAAAAUGUUUUUUAGUUUGGGUGUUGUCAUAUUUGUGGGGAUGGACAGUUCGACAGCAGAGGAUACUCUGCAUGUUAUUGCCGAUACACAAUACAAGAUAUUCGUACCAAAUUGAUCCUCACGAUGGUCGUUUCAAGAAAAGAAAGAGGAGGUCAGAAUUUCAUUUUGAACUGAAAAUAAUCAUUAUUUCAGGAAGUUCGCCGAACUUGGAAAAUAUUGGACAUCUUGAAGCAAUGAAUAAAUUGAUUGUCAAACUGGAAAAUCUAGGAUUCAAAGAUGCUAUUGGUUCCUUCACAUCCGAUAGAUGUUCUUCGAUGGAAAAACAAAUGGCACUUCAUUUUCCAAAAAUAGCACAUGUUUUCGACAUGUGGCAUUUUAUUCGUUCAAUUGUUAUGGAAAUCAAAAUGGUGAUUGUUUGAAUCAAAAAUAUGCUUCCAGAGUUAUGAAUAGAACAAAUAAUUCAUUUUAAAAUUAUCUCCUUCAAACUAUUGUCAUGAUAUACCAUAAUUGCAGAGAAUACAUCAAAAACAAUUUGCGGCUAUGAAACCUUGGUGUCGUGAUAUGAUCAAUCACUUGUACCAUGUCAUCACUAAUUCAAAUGGUGAUGGUCAACGUACUUAUGAACAUCUUUCAUCGUUUUUCCAUCAUUGCACAGAUCGCCACGAACAAUUCACGGUAUUUGCGAUAAUUUCAUCAGAAAAAAGUUUAUAUAUCUGUGUUUCAGAAAUUGGAGGGUGCAAAAGAUACAAAAGCUGCAAAAAGUGGGAAAAAUGUUGCAAAAAAUGGAAAAGAAGUUGCAAAAUGUGGGAAAGGCGAUUCAAAUUUUGAAAAGUUCAAAAAAUGUCAACAUCCUCCUGUCCGAACUGCAAACGCUCCGCCAUAUUUGAAUUUGGCAAAACCGUCUGAUAAAAAAGCGUGGGAAUUGAUGAAAGAUAUUAUCAUGACGCCAAAAAGAUCUAAAGAUAUUGGAAAAGUUUCUUCGCAUUGCUCAACAAGUGCUCUGGAAAGUUUUCAUUCCAUUGCCACGAAGUAUGCACCAAAGCAUAAAUAUUAGUGAGUUUCCCAAUUCUGCUGUUCUGAAAACUACUACGUAUAAUACAUAUCACUGAGAGUUUAUUUCAGUUCAAAAAGCAGUCAUGAAAUUCGUUCAAAAAUUGCCGCGAUUGAUUGGAACUGCAAACAACUUGAUGAGAUGAAUGGUUUGCGACCAGUCAUUGGACGGAAAAAAGUUUUUUGUAAAACAAAGCAAGAAGAAGUUUUCAAAAAAUUGAAAGCUCCGGCCAGCAUGACUUGGCGCAGAGAAAUAAGGGAUGCUGUUCGAACCACAUCGCUUGUUGAUCUCAAAGCAAUGCCGGAAAUUCAAUAUUCUACUGAAUCGGAGUACGAGGAAUCGGAUGUUUCUGAAAAUGAGGCUGAUGAAAAUUUAAGUGUUAUUUUUCUUUACAUCUUUUAUUCGAAAAUUUCAGCAUAAUCACAAAAUUGGCAUGUCUCUUCAACUUCUAGAUGAUCCCGAAAAAUCCGACAGCGAAUUGGACUCUGAAUCGGAAGACUGA